AUGUUGCAGUUAUUGGAUAAACUAUCUACCCCUGCUGUUGUAUUUGCAACACUUUCAACUUUAGCUGUUACAAAAUACGUAUUUGCUGGUUACUUGAGAUGGAAAAGAAGCAAGGAUUUUGUUAAAGUUGGAACAAUCGAAUGCGUGUAUUGUUUUCCCAUUAAAUCAUGCAGCGGGAUGAAAGUACAACAGGCCGAGUGUUCGAAAUUAGGUAUCAGAGUUCACGGUGUAACUGACAGACAUUAUCUUGUCAUUCAACCAAAUGGAGAUUUCAUAACACAAAGACAAGAACCUAAAAUGGCUCUUAUAAAAGUUACUGCUAUUCAUGGAGAGAUACAACUUACAGCUGAUGGAAUGUCAUCAUUGAACAUACCCAAAGAUUUGUCAAAAAACAAUCAAAUCAUUGACUGCAGGGUAUGGAAUGACAGAGUAAAAGGUAUGGACUGUGGACAAGAAGCAUCAGAUUGGUUACAUAAGUUUUUAGGCAUACCUGGAUUAAGAUUGGUCCAUUCUUCUUCUGAUCUUCAGAAAAGGGACUGUUCGAAACCGUCGAAACCCUGGGGUAACCCUGCCAAGCCCGGCGACGAGGUAGCGUAUGGAGACUUUUGUGCUUAUCUAAUAGCCAACACUGCCUCAUUAGAGGACCUGAAUAAAAGGUUGUCGUAUCCAGUAACAUUCUCCAAUUUUAGACCAAAUAUUGUGGUUAAAACAGACGUUCCAUAUGAUGAGGACAAUUGGUCUGAAUUAAGGAUUGGAGAAACUAUUGAUAUGCGAAUGCUGGAUGGCUGUACAAGAUGCCAAUUAACAACUGUUAACCCCGAUUUAGGUGCUAAAUCAUUAUCUGGAGAACCACUAAAAACUUUGAAGGCAUUCCGAUGUUUUAAGCAAUAUGGAUCGAGUCCUAUAUUUUGUGUCAAUGGUACAGUAGAUACACCAGGACCUAUAGCAGCUGGUGAUCCUGUUUAUGCUAUAAGGAAAUAUUGA